AAAUAUUUGCCGAAUGUCAUUCUGGGCGCAUUUGCUUGUCGCGUAAAUAAAUAGUGAGAUUCGAAGCUCACACUCUUAAAUAAAAAGUCUUAAGGAGCAAUCGGUUAAUAUGGCAGCCGGUCCUAUAGCAGAAAGAAACCAAGAUGCUACCAUAUAUGUUGGCGGUCUUGAUGACAAGGUGUCUGAAACACUACUUUGGGAAUUGUUCGUGCAGGCAGGUCCAGUGGUAAACGUUCAUAUGCCAAAGGAUAGAGUAACGCAAAUGCACCAAGGCUAUGGUUUUGUUGAGUUUCUGAGUGAGGAUGAUGCUGACUAUGCGAUUAAAAUAAUGAAUAUGAUAAAAUUGUAUGGAAAGCCCAUACGUGUGAACAAAGCAUCGGCUCAUCAAAAGAACUUUGAUGUUGGUGCGAAUAUCUUUAUUGGUGGCCUGGAUCCGGAAGUGGAUGAGAAGUUGUUAUACGAUACUUUUUCAGCUUUUGGUGUUAUAUUACAAACACCAAAAAUUAUGCGUGAUCUGGAAACAGGCAAUUCAAAAGGCUUUGCAUUCAUUAAUUUUGCCAGCUUUGAAGCUUCGGAUACAGCAAUGGAUGCCAUGAAUGGUCAAUAUUUAUGUAAUAGACCUAUAUCUGUUUCGUAUGCUUUCAAAAAAGAUUCUAAAGGUGAACGGCAUGGAUCUGCAGCUGAGCGUCUAUUGGCAGCACAAAAUCCAUCAUCUCACGCAGAUCGCCCACAUCAAUUGUUCGCUGAUGCACCGGUUCCGUCAAUGAUGCCAGUUAUGCCAGGGCAGUUAGUACCACCACCACUGAUGGCACCGCCACCGCCACCCAGUGCACCGGUUGUUGCACCACCAGCUGGCAUGUUACCACCGCCACCACCUGUACCGCCUCCACAGUCUGCAUCAUUUCCACCUUCUAUUCCACCACCACCUUUGCCGCCACUGUCAAACAAUCAACCCCCUUUACCGCCACCUGUUGGUAUACCACCACCACCACGUAUGAUGGCAGCACCUUGGCAAACUGCAGGCGCUCCACCACCACCUUUUCCUGCAGGACCACCGCGUCCGCCACCGCCAAAUUGGAGACCACCAGCUGGCUUUCCAACUGGACCAUUUCCCCCGCGACCAUUUAAUGGAGACCCGGGCGUUCCUUAUCAAUAUUAGUCAAAACAGUUUUUAAUAUCGUCCAUCGAAAUGUACACAUAAACAUGAAUUUCCUUUUGCACAACACUCUUUGUAUAAUCUGACUCUUCAUGAAAUCUCUUUGUAUAAUUGUAAAUAUUAUAAUUUAAAUAGUAUAUUAUUAUUUAAAUUGUAUAGUAUCAUUUAAAUAGUAUAUUAUUAUUUAAAUUGUAUCGUAUCAUUUACGUCAGGGCUGUCCAGAGCAGAUGCGAUCGCCGGACAAUACCAAUCAAUGUACAGAUUGGAGGGCCGCAGAAACCAAGAUAUACGUUCAUACUUAUUUACGAAAAAAAAAAAACGAUUAUAAUGUUAAAUUUAAUUUUAUUUAUUUAAAUUCAUUUAUUUGGUAUACC